AGAUGGCGGCGGGAGGGGCCCAGGCUGCGGCUCCGGCCGCCGAGUGAGGGGCGGGGGGGGGCCCGGGGGGCGCGCGGGGGCCCCGAGACCCCCCCGGCCGCCCUCCUUCUUCCCUUGUUCCUGUGGCUGGGGGGGUACCCCCUUCCUCCAGGCCAUGGAGCCUUCUGCUCUGUCUCCUAGUGGGGCCGCACUCCCCCUGCCUCUGUCGCUGGCUCCUCCGCCACUUCCCUUGCCUGCAGCUGCUGUGGUCCACGUCUCCUUUCCUGAGGUGACCAGUGCCCUCCUGGAGUCCCUCAAUCAGCAGCGUCUGCAGGGUCAGCUCUGUGACGUUUCCAUCCGAGUGCAAGGCCGGGAAUUCAGGGCUCAUCGUGCUGUCCUGGCUGCCUCCUCCCCAUACUUCCACGACCAGGUCCUACUCAAGGGCAUGACCUCCAUCUCCCUGCCGAGCGUCAUGGACCCAGGUGCCUUCGAGACCGUCCUGGCUUCAGCAUACACCGGUCGUCUCAGCAUGGCCACUGCAGACAUCGUCAACUUCCUCACGGUGGGGUCUGUGCUCCAGAUGUGGCACAUCGUGGACAAGUGCACUGAGCUCCUCCGUGAAGGCCGGGCCUCGGCCAGCGUCACCACUGCUGCAGCCACCUCCGUCACCGUCCCUGGAGCUGGAGUCCCGUCAGUGAGUGGCGCCACUGCGGCCAUGGGUUCGGUACGCUCCCAUGCCUCAGGCCGGGCCAGUGAGAACCAGUCCCCCAGCAGCAGCAACUACUUCAGUCCUCGGGAGUCCGCUGAUUUCUCAUCUUCUUCCCAAGAGGCAUUCACAGCUUCUGCAGUAGGCAGCGGGGAGCGUCGAGGCAGUGGCCCUGUCUUCCCAGCGCCCGUGGUUGGUAGCGGGGGAGCGACUUCUGGGAAGUUGCUGCUAGAGGCAGAUGAGCUGUGUGACGAUGGGGGGGAUGGAAGGGGUGCUGUGGUCCCCGGAUCUAGUCUUCGACGACCCACUUAUGCACCCCCUAACAUCAUGCCACAGAAACACUGGGUGUAUGUGAAGCGGGGUGGGAGUUGCCCCGCACCGGCACCCAUUGCUCCCCAAGAUCCAGAUCUGGAAGAAGAGGAGGAGGAGGAAGACCUGGUGUUGACCUGUGAGGAUGACGAAGACGAAGAACUGGGGGGUAGCUCCAGGGUGCCAGCCGGGGGUGCCCCUGAGACCACCCUUAGCAUAAGUGAUGUCCGGACCCUGUCUGAGCCUCCAGACAAGGGAGAAGAACAAGUCAAUUUCUGUGAGUCCUCCAAUGACUUUGGCCCCUAUGAGGGUGGAGGCCCCGGGCCAGGCCUUGAUGAUCCCGGCGGGCCGACCCCGUCCUCCUACGGCCCUGCACAUGCGCACCCUCCUCGGCCCCUGCUUCCGCUGGACAUGCAGGGCAACCAGAUCCUGGUCUUCCCAUCCUCUUCCUCUUCCUCUUCUUCCUCUUCCUCACAAGCUCCAGGUCAGCCACCAGGGAGCCAAGCUGAACACGGAGCGGUGACCCUGGGGGCCACCACAGCAGCCGGGCUGGGGGUGCCAAGUGCCCCGGCUGGAACCCCAGUCACCACAGGCACAGCAGGGGACGGGAAUAAGAUCUUUCUGUGCCACUGCGGGAAGGCCUUCUCCCACAAGAGCAUGCGCGAUCGCCACGUGAACAUGCACCUCAACCUGCGGCCCUUCGACUGUCCCGUGUGCAACAAGAAAUUCAAGAUGAAGCACCACCUGACCGAGCACAUGAAGACCCACACGGGCCUCAAACCCUACGAGUGCGGCGUGUGCGCCAAGAAGUUCAUGUGGCGCGAUAGCUUCAUGCGCCACCGGGGACAUUGUGAGCGUCGACACCGACUGGGCGGGACAGGCCCGGGCCCAGGGUCAGGAGCCACUGCUGGACCUGCCUUGGCACCCAAGAGAGAGUCUCCGGGGGCAGGGGGGGCCAGCAGCGAAGAAAACAGCGUGGCCACUCCCCCAUCGGGCCGCCGGGGCUGGUCACCCCCAAGUAUCCCUAAGGUGGAGAUGGGCUUCAAUGGAGGCGGAGGAGGGAACUGAAGGGAAGCUCUUGGGGGAAAAGGGGUUCAGGAACCCGGGCCUGCAGGUGAUCACGGCCCAACACACUCAACUGUCUUCCUUAUCUCUGUGUACUUGUAUAUAUUCGGGCGCCAUGAGCCAAUGCACCCCCAUUCCACUGCUGGGUUCCUCUCCUGGAAUGACCCCUCACGGAACCCACCCUUCCUUGGCUCUGAUGAGUGCCUAGGAGCCGUAGCUUCAGAGAAUUUGAGUGUGAGAAUUGGGGAGGUGGGCCUUCUGAGCACCCUAAAGCACCAGGGGGGAAGGAAGGUCGGUGGUUUUAGUGUGUACAUGAAGUCUGUAUUCGUGGUAUUCCGGGGGCCCAGGCCUGUGGUCCCCGUUUGUGUCCUACACCCCAGCCCACUCCUCCCUAGGCCGCAGUCGUGCUCUUUAUUUCCACCCUCCCUUCCCACAUAACACCCCUUCUUCCCGGGGCCUCCCCACUGCAUUCUCCACGGGGGGUAGAGAUUGGAGAAGAUGGAGUUCAGUCCUUCGGAGUACAAGGUUUUUAUUUUAAAUCUUAUUUUUUUUAAAAACAGUGAUUAAAAUAUUUAUUGGUCA